AUGCAGAAGGCGAUGCGGCUGAACGACGGGCACGCCGUCUACCUGGGGCUGCUGGCCAAGAAAGACGGCGCCCGGCGCGGCUACCUGAGCAAGCGGAGCUCGGACAACACCAAAUGGCAUCCCAAGUGGUUCACCCUGCUCCAGAACAUGCUCUUCUACUUCGAAAGCGACUCCAGCUCCAGGCCGGCCGGCCUCUACCUGCUGGAGGGCUGCGUGUGCGACCGGGCGCCUUCCCCGAAGCCCAAGGACCCCCUCGAGAAGCAGCAUUAUUUCACUGUCAACUUCAACCACGAAAACCAGAAGACCCUGGAGCUGAGGACAGAGGAUGCCAAGGAUUGUGACGAAUGGGUAGCAGCCAUUAGCCAUGCAAGUUAUAGGACUCUUGCUACAGAGCAUGAAGGUUUAAUGCAGAAGUACCUCCAUUUACUUCAGAUUGUGGAAACGGAGAAAACAGUUGCCAAGCAACUUAGGCAACAAAUUGAAGAUGGGGAAAUAGAGACUGAGCGCCUGAAAUCUGAGAUUGCAGCCUUGCUGAAGGACAACGAGCGCAUCCAGUCCAAUCAGACCAAUGCGCCAAAUGAUGAUGAUAGUGACAUCAAGAAGAUCAAGAAGGUCCAGAGCUUUUUACGGGGUUGGCUAUGCAGGAGGAAAUGGAAGACCAUCAUCCAAGACUACAUUCGCUCCCCUCACGCUGACAGCAUGCGGAAAAGGAACCAAGUGGUCUUCAGCAUGUUGGAAGCUGAGGCAGAGUAUGUGCAGCAGCUGCACAUUCUGGUCAACAACUUCCUGCGCCCACUGAGGAUGGCGGCCAGCUCCAAAAAGCCCCCCAUCACCCACGAUGAUGUCAGCAGCAUCUUCCUGAACAGCGAAACAAUCAUGUUUUUACACCAGAUCUUUUACCAGGGCCUGAAAGCACGAAUCUCCAGCUGGCCAACCUUGGUGCUGGCCGACCUCUUUGACAUCCUCCUGCCGAUGCUCAAUAUCUACCAGGAAUUUGUCCGGAACCACCAGUACAGCCUGCAGAUUCUGGCCCACUGCAAACAGAACCGAGAUUUUGAUAAGCUGCUGAAGCACUACGAGGCGAAGCCAGACUGCGAGGAGCGCACUCUGGAGACCUUCCUGACUUACCCGAUGUUCCAGAUUCCAAGGUACAUCCUGACGUUGCAUGAGCUCUUGGCCCACACACCCCACGAGCACGUGGAAAGGAACAGCCUGGAUUACGCCAAGUCCAAGUUGGAGGAGCUGUCCAGGAUAAUGCACGACGAAGUGAGUGAGACGGAAAACAUUCGGAAGAAUCUGGCGAUUGAAAGGAUGAUUGUUGAAGGUUGUGAAAUCCUUCUGGACACCAGCCAGACUUUUGUGAGACAAGGCUCUCUCAUUCAAGUGCCGAUGUCUGAGAAGGGGAAAAUCACUCGAGGGCGCCUGGGCUCCCUGUCCCUGAGGAAGGAGGGCGAGAGGCAAUGCUUCCUCUUCUCCAAGCACUUGAUUAUUUGCACCAGAGGUUCAGGCGGGAAGCUGCACUUGACCAAGAACGGCGUGAUCUCCCUCAUAGACUGCACCCUGGUGGAAGAUGCAGAGAGCACUGAUGAGGACAUAAAAGGAUCUGGGCAAGACAUAGACCAUCUUGACUUCAAGAUUGUGGUGGAGCCUAAAGACAGCCCCUCCUACACAGUUAUCCUUGUGGCAUCAUCCCGGCAAGAAAAGGCUGCAUGGACCAGUGACAUCAGCCAGUGUGUAGAUAACAUUCGCUGCAAUGGCCUCAUGAUGAAUGCCUUUGAGGAAAAUUCAAAAGUCACCGUCCCCCAGAUGAUCAAACGUGUGCUUGCCAUGGUGUCAUUUUCGGUGUUAUUGUUCUGCCCCAGGUCUGACACCAGCUUAUACUGUGAUGAUGUUGACAUCCGAUUCAGUAAGACAAUGAACUCCUGCAAAGUGCUCCAGAUCCGCUAUGCCAGCGUGGAGCGGCUCCUAGAGAGACUAACUGACCUGCGGUUCCUCAGCAUAGACUUUCUCAACACCUUUCUGCACUCUUACCGGGUCUUCACCACUGCUAUGAUUGUCUUGGACAAACUGAUCACCAUCUACAAGAAGCCAAUCAGUGCCAUUCCUGCAAGGUCCCUGGAGCUCUUGUUUGCAAGCAGCCAGAACACCAAGCUCCUCUACGGGGAGCCUCCCAAGUCUCCGCGUGCCAACCGGAAGUUUUCCUCCCCACCUCCCCUCUCCAUCACCAAAUCCUCCUCGCCCAGCCGGAGGAGGAAGCUGUCCUUGAACAUCCCCAUCAUCACCGGCGGGAAGGCUCUGGACCUGGCCGCCCUGAGCUGCUCCCCCAACGGCUACGCAAGCAUGUACUCCUCCAUGUCGCCAUUCAGCAAAACCACCCUGGACAUCAACAAACUCUACGUCUCCGCCAGUAGCUACUCCAACAAGAUCUCAGAUGAGGGGGAAGGGCCCACUGAGAAGUCGGAGGAGACGUGUCUGAGCAAGCAAAGCCCAGAAAUGUCUGUAAGAGAAGAAUCUGACAUAGAUCCCAACCAGAGUGAUGAAGCAGAAACGGAAACCUCGCCAACAAAAUCGCCCACAACCCCUAAACUGGUCAAAGGCAAAAACUCCUCAGAAUUCCCUUUGUUCUCCUAUAACAACGGUGUCGUUAUGACAUCUUGCCGGGAGUUGGACAACAGCCGCAGUGGUCUCUCGGCGGCAUCUGCUUUUGCCAUCGCAACUGCAGGGGCCAAUGAGGGCACCCCAGCCAAAGAGAACUACAGGAGGAUGUCCCUCGCGAGCGCAGGCUUCCCCCCUGACCAAAGGAACGGCGACAAAGAGUUUGUGAUCAGGAGGGCGGCAACCAACAGGGUGCUCAAUGUCCUGAGGCAUUGGGUCUCCAAGCACUCCCAGGAUUUUGAAACAAAUGAUGAACUGAAAUGUAAAGUGAUCAGCUUUCUAGAGGAAGUGAUCCAUGACCCAGAACUCCUGACUCAAGAAAGGAAAGCAGCUGCUAACAUCAUAAGGACCUUGACUCAGGAGGACCCAGGAGACAAUCAGGUCACUCUGGAAGAGAUUCUGCAAAUGGCUGCCGGAGUCAAGGCUGAGCCCUUUGAGAAUCACUCUGCUUUGGAAAUAGCUGAGCAGCUGACCCUGCUGGACCACCUGGUCUUCAAAACGAUUCCCUACGAAGAGUUUUUUGGGCAAGGGUGGAUGAAGGGUGAAAAGAAUGAGAGGACUCCGUACAUCAUGAAGAACACCAAGCACUUCAACGAUAUCAGCAACCUGAUAGCCUCCGAAAUCCUCCACAACGAGGACCUCACGGCGAGGGUGAGUGCCAUUGAGAAGUGGGUUGCCGUGGCUGACAUCUGCAGGUGCCUCCACAACUACAACGCAGUCCUCGAGAUCACCUCUGCCUUCAACCGCAGUGCCAUCUUCCGCCUGAAGAAGACAUGGAUGAAGGUGUCCAAGCAGACAAAAGCUUUGAUUGACAAGCUGCAGCGGCUGGUGUCUUCAGAGGGCCGGUUUAAGAACCUGAGGGAAGCCCUGAAAAAUUGUGACCCGCCCUGCGUCCCGUACCUUGGCAUGUAUCUAACAGACCUGGCAUUCAUUGAGGAGGGCACUCCCAACUACACUGAAGACGGCCUUGUGAAUUUUUCCAAAAUGAGAAUGAUUUCCCACAUUAUCCGAGAGAUCAGGCAGUUCCAGCAAACGGCGUACAAAAUAGAGCAUCAGGAGAAGGUCACCCAGUACCUCCUGGACCAAUCGUUUGUGAUGGAUGAGGAGGGUCUUUACGAGGCCUCCCUCUGGAUAGAGCCAAAGGUGCCCGCCUGAGUCCAGGGCCACCGCCACAGCACCCUUGGGAUCUUGCCGUGUAGUCCAUGUAUCAUAUUGUACAUAGCAGCUGUUUGUUUCAUUUGGGGAGCCCUCGGUGCACUUCCUUGUAUGUGCUUCUCCAAGAAAACUACCCUAAACCACCACCCCCUCCUCCUUAGGAUCUGGCUAGCGAUUUUUGCGUUGUCCUGAGUGAGGAGUGUGGCAUAGGCCACUUUGUCGACUGCAGUCCUGGUUCAUAUUAAGUUAUGUUCUCUUUGUUGUUGAUUCUUUGCGUGCGCACAC